ACUUAUCCGUUCCCUCCAUAUAUCUCUCUCCCCUCUUCUCCACCUCUCGCUACUCCACCAUCCAACGUGCGAGAAGCCAUGGCAUCCAUCCCGUGCACCUUCCAGCUGAGCGCGAGGGCGUCGUCGGCGUCGGCGGCGGCGGCGGCGAGGAGGUCGCCGCGGGCGGCGGCGAGGCUGGGGUGGCUGCGGCCGUCGCGGCUGAGCGCGGUGGUGCCGGCGAGCGAGAGCGGGAGGGUGGGGCCGACGUGCUUCUUCAAGUUCGGGAACAAGGACGCCGAGGGCGCCGGCAUCUACGGCAGCCAGGGCAGGGACGACUUCGACCGCGACGACGUCGAGCAGUACUUCAACUACAUGGGGAUGCUGGCGGUGGAGGGCACCUACGACAAGAUGGAGGCGCUGCUGAACCAGGACAUCCACCCGGUGGACAUCCUCCUCAUGCUCGCCGCCUCCGAGGGCGACAAGCCCAAGCUCGAGGAGCUCCUCCGCGCCGGCGCCAAGUACGACGUCAAGGACGUCGACGGCCGGACGGCGCUCGACCGCGCCGCCGACGACACCAGGGAGUUCAUCCUCGGCUUCGCCGCCACCUUGGCCGCCUGAUCGAUCGCUUCGCCGACGACGACGACCUUGAUGCCUGGAUAUGUUUCGGCUAUACUAGUAUACUACGUAUUUAUCUUUUCUUAUUUUUUUCUUUUUCAAGUUUCUCCAAGUUUUUCUUGUGUUUGGUAGAGUUUAGCCGGGAAAUUCACAAGUUGUUUACAGUUCAAGAGGAAGUAGCUUCAUCUGUAUCUUUCACUUUCUUCGCUGUGUGAGGCUAUGCUUUGUAGAAAUUGUUGUUACAAGUAGUAUCUUCCACUGUUUCAAUAUGAAAGUAAGAAGAAGCUUUGGAUGCAUGAUA